CGGAGCAGAUCGCAGACCAGCCGGGUCCGCAGAGCCACCAGUGGGGAGAUGUUGAAGUUCAAAUAUGGAGCGCGGAAUCCUUUGGAUGCUGGUGCUGCUGAACCCAUUGCCAGCCGGGCCUCCAGGCUGAAUCUGUUCUUCCAGGGGAAACCACCCUUUAUGACUCAACAGCAGAUGUCUUCUCUUUCCCGAGAAGGGAUAUUAGAUGCCCUCUUUGUUCUCUUUGAAGAAUGCAGUCAGCCUGCUCUGAUGAAGAUUAAGCAUGUGAGCAACUUUGUCCGGAAGUAUUCCGACACCAUAGCUGAGUUACAGGAGCUCCAGCCUUCGGCAAAGGACUUUGAAGUCAGAAGUCUUGUAGGUUGUGGUCACUUUGCUGAAGUGCAGGUGGUGAGAGAGAAGGCAACCGGGGACAUCCAUGCUAUGAAAGUGAUGAAGAAGAAGGCUUUAUUGGCCCAGGAGCAGGUUUCAUUUUUUGAGGAAGAGCGGAACAUACUAUCUCGAAGCACAAGCCCGUGGAUCCCCCAAUUACAGUAUGCCUUUCAGGACAAAAAUCACCUUUAUCUGGUCAUGGAAUAUCAGCCUGGAGGGGACUUGCUGUCACUUUUGAAUAGAUAUGAGGACCAGUUAGAUGAAAACCUGAUUCAGUUUUACCUAGCUGAACUGAUUUUGGCUGUUCACAGUGUUCAUCAGAUGGGAUAUGUGCAUCGAGACAUCAAGCCCGAGAACAUUCUCAUUGACCGCACAGGACACAUCAAGCUGGUGGAUUUUGGCUCUGCUGCAAAAAUGAAUUCAAACAAGAUGGUGAAUGCCAGACUCCCAAUUGGGACCCCGGAUUACAUGGCUCCUGAAGUGCUGACUGUGAUGAAUGCGGACGGAAAAGGCACCUACGGCCUGGACUGUGACUGGUGGUCAGUGGGCGUGAUUGCCUAUGAGAUGAUUUAUGGGAGAUCCCCCUUCGCAGAGGGAACCUCUGCCAGAACCUUCAAUAACAUCAUGAAUUUCCAGCGGUUUUUGAAGUUUCCAGAUGACCCCAAAGUGAGCAGUGACUUUCUUGAUCUGAUUCAAAGUUUGUUGUGUGGCCAGAAAGAGAGACUGAAGUUUGAAGGUCUCUGCUGCCAUCCUUUCUUCUCUAAAAUCGACUGGAAUAACAUUCGUAACUCUCCUCCCCCCUUCGUUCCCACCCUCAAGUCUGACGAUGACACCUCCAAUUUUGAUGAACCAGAGAAGAAUUCGUGGGUUUCAUCCUCUCCGUGCCAGCUGAGCCCCUCAGGUUUCUCGGGUGAAGAACUGCCGUUUGUGGGGUUUUCGUACAGCAAGGCACUGGGGAUUCUUGGUAGAUCUGAGUCUGUUGUGUCGGGUCUGGACUCCCCUGCCAAGACUAGCUCCAUGGAAAAGAAACUUCUCAUCAAAAGCAAAGAGCUACAAGACUCUCAGGACAAGUGUCACAAGAUGGAGCAGGAAAUGACCCGGUUACAUCGGAGAGUGUCAGAGGUGGAGGCUGUGCUUAGUCAGAAGGAGGUGGAGCUGAAGGCCUCUGAGACUCAGAGAUCCCUCCUGGAGCAGGACCUUGCUACCUACAUCACAGAAUGCAGUAGCUUAAAGCGAAGUUUGGAGCAAGCACGGAUGGAGGUGUCCCAGGAGGAUGACAAAGCACUGCAGCUUCUCCAUGAUAUCAGAGAGCAGAGCCGGAAGCUCCAAGAAAUCAAAGAGCAGGAGUACCAGGCUCAAGUGGAAGAAAUGAGGUUGAUGAUGAAUCAGUUGGAAGAGGACCUUGUCUCAGCAAGAAGACGGAGUGAUCUCUAUGAAUCUGAGCUGAGAGAGUCUCGGCUCGCUGCUGAAGAAUUCAAGCGGAAAGCGACAGAAUGUCAGCAUAAACUGUUGAAGGCUAAGGAUCAAGGGAAGCCUGAAGUGGGAGAAUAUGCGAAACUGGAGAAGAUCAAUGCUGAGCAGCAGCUCAAAAUUCAGGAGCUCCAAGAGAAACUGGAGAAGGCUGUAAAAGCCAGCACCGAGGCCACCGAGCUGCUGCAGAAUAUCCGCCAGGCAAAGGAGCGAGCCGAGAGGGAGCUGGAGAAGCUGCAGAACCGAGAGGAUUCUUCUGAAGGCAUUAGAAAGAAGCUGGUGGAAGCCGAGGAACGUCGCCAUUCUCUGGAGAACAAGGUAAAGAGACUAGAGACCAUGGAGCGUAGAGAAAACAGACUGAAGGAUGACAUCCAGACAAAAUCCCAACAGAUCCAGCAGAUGGCUGAUAAAAUUCUGGAACUCGAAGAGAAACAUCGGGAGGCCCAAGUCUCAGCCCAGCACCUAGAAGUACACCUGAAACAGAAAGAGCAGCACUACGAGGAAAAGAUUAAAGUGUUGGACAAUCAGAUAAAGAAAGACCUGGCCGACAAGGAGACGCUGGAGAACAUGAUGCAGAGACACGAGGAGGAGGCCCAUGAGAAGGGCAAAAUUCUCAGCGAACAGAAGGCGAUGAUCAAUGCUAUGGAUUCCAAGAUCAGAUCCCUGGAACAGAGGAUUGUGGAACUGUCUGAAGCCAAUAAACUUGCAGCAAAUAGCAGUCUUUUUACCCAAAGGAACAUGAAGGCUCAAGAAGAGAUGAUUUCUGAACUCAGGCAACAGAAAUUUUACCUGGAGACCCAGGCUGGGAAAUUGGAGGCCCAGAACCGAAAGCUGGAGGAGCAGCUGGAGAAGAUCAGCCACCAAGACCACAGUGACAAGAAUCGGCUGCUGGAACUGGAGACAAGACUGCGGGAGGUCAGUCUAGAGCACGAGGAGCAGAAACUGGAGCUCAAGCGCCAGCUCACAGAGCUACAGCUCUCCCUGCAGGAGCGUGAGUCACAGUUGACAGCCCUGCAGGCUGCCCGGGCGGCUCUGGAAAGCCAGCUUCGCCAGGCAAAGACAGAGCUGGAAGAGACCACGGCAGAAGCCGAAGAGGAGAUCCAGGCGCUCACGGCACAUAGAGAUGAAAUCCAGCGCAAAUUUGAUGCUCUUCGUAACAGCUGUACUGUAAUCACAGACCUGGAGGAGCAGCUAAACCAGCUGACUGAGGAUAACGCUGAACUCAACAACCAAAACUUCUACUUGUCCAAACAACUCGAUGAGGCUUCCGGCGCCAAUGAUGAGAUUGUACAACUGCGAAGUGAAGUGGACCACCUUCGCCGGGAGAUCACAGAACGAGAGAUGCAGCUUACCAGCCAGAAGCAAACGAUGGAGGCUCUGAAGACCACGUGUACCAUGCUGGAGGAACAGGUCAUGGAUUUGGAGGCCCUAAACGACGAGCUGCUAGAAAAAGAGCGGCAGUGGGAGGCCUGGAGGAGCGUCCUGGGUGAUGAGAAAUCCCAGUUUGAGUGUCGGGUUCGAGAGCUGCAGAGGAUGUUGGACACCGAGAAACAGAGCAGGGCGAGAGCCGAUCAGCGGAUCACCGAGUCUCGCCAGGUGGUGGAGCUGGCAGUGAAGGAGCACAAGGCGGAGAUUCUCGCUCUGCAGCAGGCUCUCAAAGAGCAGAAGCUGAAGGCCGAGAGCCUCUCUGACAAGCUCAAUGACCUGGAGAAGAAGCAUGCUAUGCUUGAAAUGAAUGCCCGAAGCUUACAGCAGAAGCUGGAGACUGAACGAGAGCUCAAACAGAGGCUUCUGGAAGAGCAAGCCAAAUUACAGCAGCAGAUGGACCUGCAGAAAAAUCACAUUUUCCGUCUGACUCAAGGACUGCAAGAAGCUCUAGAUCGGGCUGAUUUGCUGAAGACAGAAAGAAGUGACCUGGAGUAUCAGCUGGAAAACAUUCAGGUUCUCUAUUCUCAUGAAAAGGUGAAAAUGGAAGGCACUAUUUCUCAACAAACCAAACUCAUCGAUUUUCUGCAAGCCAAAAUGGACCAACCUGCUAAAAAGAAAAAGGGUUUAUUUAGUCGACGGAAAGAGGACCCUGCUUUGCCCACACAGGUUCCUCUGCAGUACAAUGAACUGAAGCUGGCCCUGGAGAAGGAGAAAGCUCGCUGUGCAGAGCUAGAGGAAGCCCUUCAGAAGACCCGCAUCGAGCUCCGGUCCGCCCGGGAGGAAGCUGCCCACCGCAAAGCGACGGACCACCCACACCCAUCCACGCCAGCCACCGCGAGGCAGCAGAUCGCCAUGUCCGCCAUCGUGCGGUCACCAGAGCACCAGCCCAGUGCCAUGAGCCUGCUGGCCCCGCCAUCCAGCCGCAGAAAGGAGUCUUCAACUCCAGAGGAAUUUAGUCGGCGUCUUAAGGAACGCAUGCACCACAAUAUUCCUCACCGAUUCAACGUAGGACUGAACAUGCGAGCCACAAAGUGUGCUGUGUGUCUGGAUACCGUGCACUUUGGACGCCAAGCAUCCAAAUGUCUCGAAUGUCAGGUGAUGUGUCACCCCAAGUGCUCCACGUGCUUGCCAGCCACCUGCGGCCUGCCUGCCGAAUACGCCACACACUUCACUGAGGCCUUCUGCCGCGACAAAAUGAACUCCCCGGGUCUCCAGACCAAGGAGCCCAGCAGCAGCUUGCACCUGGAAGGGUGGAUGAAGGUGCCCAGGAAUAACAAACGAGGACAGCAAGGCUGGGACAGGAAGUACAUUGUCCUGGAGGGAUCAAAAGUCCUUAUUUAUGACAAUGAAGCCAGAGAAGCUGGACAGAGGCCGGUGGAAGAAUUUGAGCUGUGCCUUCCCGACGGGGAUGUAUCUAUUCAUGGUGCCGUUGGUGCUUCCGAACUCGCAAAUACAGCCAAAGCAGAUGUCCCAUACAUACUGAAGAUGGAAUCUCACCCGCACACCACCUGCUGGCCCGGGAGAACCCUCUACUUGCUAGCUCCCAGCUUCCCUGACAAACAGCGCUGGGUCACCGCCUUAGAAUCAGUUGUCGCAGGUGGGAGAGUUUCUAGGGAAAAAGCAGAAGCCGAUGCUAAAUUGCUUGGAAACUCCCUGCUGAAACUGGAAGGUGAUGACCGUCUAGACAUGAACUGCACACUGCCCUUCAGUGACCAGGUGGUGUUGGUGGGCACCGAGGAAGGGCUCUACGCCCUGAAUGUCUUGAAAAACUCCCUAACGCACGUCCCAGGAAUUGGAGCAGUCUUCCAAAUUUAUAUUAUCAAGGACCUGGAGAAGCUACUCAUGAUAGCAGGAGAAGAGCGGGCACUGUGUCUUGUGGACGUGAAGAAAGUGAAGCAGUCCCUGGCGCAGUCCCACCUGCCCGCCCAGCCCGACAUCUCACCCAACAUUUUUGAAGCUGUCAAGGGCUGCCACUUGUUUGGGGCUGGCAAGAUUGAGAACGGGCUCUGCAUCUGUGCAGCCAUGCCCAGCAAAGUCGUCAUUCUCCGCUACAACGAAAACCUCAGCAAAUACUGCAUUCGGAAAGUAAGACAACUGAAGCUGGCAGAAGAUCCUCAGUUACAAAAGUUUGGAGUGUUCGUGGAUUCUUACGGAAGACGUAGCCGCACAGACGACCUCAAGUGGAGUCGCUUACCUUUGGCCUUUGCCUACAGAGAACCCUAUCUGUUUGUGACCCACUUCAACUCACUCGAAGUAAUUGAGAUCCAGGCACGCUCCUCGGCAGGGACCCCUGCCCGAGCGUACCUGGACAUCCCGAACCCACGCUACCUGGGCCCUGCCAUUUCCUCGGGAGCGAUUUACUUGGCAUCCUCAUACCAGGAUAAAUUAAGGGUCAUUUGCUGCAAGGGAAACCUCGUGAAGGAGUCUGGCACUGAACACCACCGGGGCCCGUCCACCUCCCGCAGCAGCCCCAACAAGCGAGGCCCGCCCACGUACAACGAGCACAUCACCAAGCGCGUGGCCUCCAGCCCGGCGCCGCCCGAAGGCCCCAGCCACCCCCGAGAGCCAAGCACACCCCACCGCUACCGCGAGGGGCGGACCGAGCUGCGCAGGGACAAGUCUCCUGGCCGCCCCCUGGAGCGGGAGAAGUCCCCGGGCCGGAUGCUCAGCACGCGGAGAGAGCGGUCCCCUGGGAGGCUGUUUGAAGACAGCAGCAGGGGCCGGCUGCCUGCGGGAGCCGUGAGGACCCCGCUGUCCCAGGUGAACAAGGUCUGGGACCAGUCUUCAGUAUAAAUCUCAGCCAGAAAAGCCAACUCCUCAUCUCGAUCUGCAGGAAACACCAAACACACCAUGGAACUCUGCUGAUGGGGACCCAAGCGCCCACGUUCUCAGCCACCCUCUGGCUCAGUGGGGCCCAGACCCACCUCAGCACGGACACCCCUGUCUCCAGGAGGGGCAGGUGGCUGAGGCUCUUCGGAGCUGUCAGGCCCGGUGCCUGCCCUGGGCACCUCCCUGCAGCCAUCUCUUUGCACUUUGUUACUCUUUCAAAGCAUUCACAAACUUUUGUACCUAGCUCUAGCCUGUACCAGUUAGUUCAUCAAAGGAAACCAACCGGGAUGCUGACUACGACGUGGUUAGAAUCCUAAUUAGCUACUUUAAUAUCCUAGGAUUGGUUGGUUUUUUUUUUUUCCUUUGUUUCUUUCUUUUUUUUUUUUUUUUAAGACAACAGAAUUCUUAAUAGAUUUGAAUAGCAACGUA